CAUAACCCAAGAAAGUCACUUCCAGUACACUCAAAAUAAACGAUAAAUAACAAUUUUAAAUUGAAAUAAUGACGAAAAUAUUAGAAAUAUGUGUUGAUAAUCUCGAAUCAUUUAUAAACGCUUUAAAUGGUGGUGCAAAUCGUAUUGAACUAUGUUCAGCCCUUGGUGAAGGCGGCUUAACUCCUUCGGUUGGUUUUCUCAAACAAGUACAAGCGUUAAAUACAAAAAAGAUUCCCAUUUACUGUAUGAUACGGUGCCGUCGUGGCUUCGAUUUUAAUUAUACACCAGAAGAAAUGUCUAUCAUGAUAGAGGAUGCUAAAUUAUUAAAACAAAAUGGUGCUGAUGGAUUUGUGUUUGGAGCAUUGACAAAGGAACUUCAAAUCAAUACAAAACAGUGUCGUGAAAUAAUUAAAACAUGUUAUCCACAGCCAGUAACGUUUCAUCGAGCUUUUGAUGUAUGUAAGAAUCCGUUAGUUACAUUAGAAGCCGUUAUCGAUGUUGGAUUCGAACGGAUUCUAACUAGUGGACAAAAACUAAAUGCUUUGGAUGGCGCGGAAAAUAUUAAGACUUAUAUUGAGAAAGCGAACGGAAGGAUUAUUAUUAUGGCUGGAUGUGGCGUUAACGUGAAUAAUGUAUCGAAAAUUUUAAGUAUUACUGGUGUAAAGGAAGUUCAUGGAUCUGCAAGCAGUUUUCGUGAUAUUGAUAAUACGGACAAUAAUAAAAAUGAAGUUUAUUUAAAUGAUCAAGCAUUAAAUGUUACUGAACAAAGUAAAGUUGAACAAUUGAUUAAAAUUAUUCAAGAUAAUGAAGUUUAAUAUUUAAACAAACUUUGAAUGUGAUUCUUUUCCAUAUUUAUUAGCUUACUCUAAUCGUAAGAAUUGUUGAUAUUUUUUUAAUAAUGAU